GUCUUUCAUCUUUGAUGUAUUGGGUUUGUUGUUGUUGUUCUGUCCUGUAGUUCCUGAUUUUCUAUGCUUGCUCUUUUUCGUCCGUGGAAUAUGCGACCAAGUUUGCCAUGCUGCUGGUUGACACGGUUGUCACGCACUCAUUUGCUUCAACGACAAGGAUGUGUGCUGCAGGUUAUGCUGCAAGUUUCCUUGCGCGAGCGAAGUAUGCUUCGCCAUCAUUAGUUCUUGACUGCAUUGACAGGCUUGUGAAGUGGUGUGCUCGGUACAUUGAUAACUUGAACUCUCGACCUGGAGCAGAAAAGGCAGUUGUUGUGAAGGCGGCUGUCCCUGAUGCAGAUCUCCAUGGUGUGUUCUACUCAGCCUGCCAGGCUUUCAUGUACAUAUUGUGUUUCAAGCUUGAGAAGCUGGUUGAAGACAGCGCAAACAUUCAGACCUUGAAGCAGCUUCCUCUUCAGAAGAUCUUCGAACACUCACUCAAUCCCCUCAAGAUGUGCCUUCAGUCUGUAGUUGCGGAAUUCAGCAGGCAAUGCCUUGCUCUGCGCCUUUAUGAUUGUAGGAAGAUUUUGGAGAUGAACGAGCAAUUUGAGUUGAAGACUACGACAGCAUUCGGUGGAGUGAAUCAGCUGGAGAUGUUUUUUCCAUUUGACCCAUACCUGCUCCUCAGAUCAUCAAGGACACGGCAGCAGGACACGGCAGCAUUGCCACGUCAGCAGCAAGGGAUACCACAUCAGCAGGCACCGGUCUGGUCUAUGCUGUUGCGUUCACAGACAGCAGUUAUGGACCAGAAGACCGGGGAAACAGACGAGGCCUAUCAGGCCCGCAUGUUAGCCUGGAGUACCGAGACAAAGAAGCGGGCAGAUGACGCUGCCGCGGCAGCCAAGAAAAGGGCAGAGGAUGCCGAACAGGCACGUCUGCUGGCCGUGCAACAACAGCGCCAGCACGACGAGGCAGCAGCAAGGGCUGCUGAUGAAGAAAGAACACAGCGUCGUGAGAAGAUAUUCACCGGAGAGCGGGCGUUACUUACCAUGACAGCAGAAUGGCGAAGCGAGGCCGAGAACAACCAGUUGGAGGACAGCGCAAACAAGAUAGCGCUCCUCCUCUCGCAUCUCACAGAUCUCCUGGCAACCUGCAUUACGCAGCAGGCGGAGAUCCUUGGUCUCGACAACUCGGUAGCUAACCUGCAAGACCGCCUUCAGCGGGUGGAGCAGCGACCAGUCGCCGUCGCCGAUGCAGGCUCUUCCAAUACUGCCGACCGCCUCACCGCAUUGGAGAUGCACGUCGGCUCCCUCCAGGACGGCGCACAGUUACAGCAGACCGCGACGCAACAAUUGCAGCAGCGGAUCUGCACUACCGCCACCACCUCGAGUCCGGAGCCGCGCGAGACAACUCCUAAGUUCGAUGGGCAGGAGAUCUUCCACGACUCAAUCAAGACAGAUCCGAUUCCAUGGUUUCGCAAGUUUGAGCUCACGCUGCAGCUCCACAACGUCAAGGAGAACAAGCAUCACGCUUACUUGUACUCUCGCUCAGGGGGCGCGUAUCAGGCGUGGUUGGACAACUUGUUGUCCAAGUACGGAGUGGUAGCAGCGGACUUGCACACCAUGAUCAGCUGGGAUGAUCUGAAGGCGGCGUGGCACAAGCGGUUCCAGGUGGAGCCGCCAGAGAUCAAAGCCAUGGACAAGCUUUUGGUCUUCGAGCAAGGCUCGCUGCCGAGGAAACUGAGCACCGCCGAGAGUGAUGCGACGACACUCUCGACGCCUUCGGAACUGGUUUCUUCGCGAGUGACCAGCCUUCAUUCUGAGGCGCACGCGGAAGUCGACAGUCCUCCGCUUCUAUUUUCUUUUGAGGACUAUGCUGCCCGGCUCGUUCCAACGUUGGGUACUCAGGCUCAAGGACAAGGACUGUGUGCGGUUUCUUCUCCGUCCGGCAACAGCAACAUAUCGUCUUCAAGUGGUUCGUCACGGGAUUCGGCGCGCGAGUUCAAGAUAGAGGUUUUGGACCCGCUCACGUCUGAGGACUUUGCAUGGCUUCCUCUCCCGACCACAGGCUGUUUGCCGGGACCGCAUUGCGCAGCACUUAGCGCUCAUCUCCACACUUACCUUUCCUUCUAUGCACCACCAAAUUCGCCGACGGAUGACGAAGUCGCGGUGGGGGACAUCUUGGCGUACGUUACCAAGGUGGCCCACGAGUUUUGCACGCAGCGGUACGAUAACAACAAUGCACCGCUCAUGUAUGUCCGCAUCCAGGUUGGGCAAGCGUCCGGCAGCGCUUUGCUGGAUAGCGGCGCGACUCGCAACUUCAUGAGCCAGUCUUUUAUGCAAAGAGCUGGCCUUGGCGCUCAGGUUCGGAGGAAGGCAAACCCGACGGCGAUCAAGUUGGCGGAUGGUAAGACGCAACAACUUCUCGACCGUUACAUCGAAGCUGUACCGGUCUACUUCGCACCUCAUGCAUGCGAACCGGUAACAUUCGAUAUUCUCGACACGGACUUCGACAUCAUUCUGGGAAUGCCUUGGCUCGCAAGUGCGGAUCACACGGUCAACUUCCAUCGGCGGACUCUUAGCGUUCGCGACGCCUUCGGCGCGGAAGUGGCGUGUACGAUUCCUCUACCGCGCUCUUCGAUCCGGUGCCAAGUGGUGACGACCAAAUCAUUCCGGGCGACUUGUGCUUACGAUCAGCCUGAGGAGAUUGGCAUAUGUUUCCUACGGACCGUCGCGGUAGCCGACUCUUCACCCACGGACUUGUCUUCGGACCCCCGUGUGGUACGGUUGCUGGACGAGUUCGCCGACGUCUUCGAGUCACCUACCGGUGUGGUGCCGGGUCGGCUGAUCUCUCACGAGAUCAUUCUUGAGGCCGGUGCCGUGCCGCCGAAAGGUUGCAUCUAUCGGAUGAGCGAGGAGGAGCUUGAGGUACUUCGCGCACAACUCGAUGAUUUGUUGGCCAAGGGCUGGAUCCGCCCGAGUAGCUCCCCAUAUGGAGCACCAGUUCUCUUCGUCAUGAAGAAGAACAAGGAUCUACGAUUGUGUAUCGACUACCGCAAGCUCAACACACAAACCGUCAAGAAUGCGGGGCCUCUUCCUCGCAUUGACGAUCUUCUCGAGCGACUGGGCGGUGCGAAGUAUUUUUCCAAGUUGGAUUUGAAAUCAGGAUAUCAUCAAAUCUCGAUUCAGCCGAACGAUCGGUACAAAACCGCAUUCAAGACGCGGUACGGGCAUUUUGAGUGGGUGGUCAUGCCUUUUGGCCUCACCAACGCCCCGGCGACGUUCCAGGCGGCGAUGACCAAUGAGUUCCGUGCAAUCGAUUUUGAUGGCCCGGCCUUCUCGGCGACGUCACGCGCUAUUGCGAGUCAUUGCGAGGUUUGCCGACGCUGCAAAUCCCGCAACCACCGUCCGUACAGUGAGUUACGACCAUUGCCAAUCCCGUUGAGGCGAAGGGAAGCGAUUGCCAUGGACAUCACCGGCCCGUUCCCCAAGCACAAGACCGGAGUGGAUGGGAUUCUCACGGUGGUCGACCGACUCACCAAGUUCGCCAUGUUCUUGCCUUGUCGCUAUCAUGCCAAGGCACCGGAGUUGGCCGAGGUUCUGUACGCCGGUUGGAUUCGCACCAAGGGUUACCCCAAGGAGAUCGUCUGCGACCGCGACACUCGGUUCAUGUCCGAUUUUUGGUUGGCGCUCAUCAAGCGAUGGGGCUCAUCUCUCAAGCCCAGUUCAACUCGCCACCCUCAGACCGAUGGCCAGACGGAGAGGGCGCAUCAGACCGCACAGGUUCUCCUUCGCACUCUCAUCCCCCCCGACCAGAAAGAGUGUGUUGAGCGACUGCCGGACGUUGAGUUGGCCUACAACUCUUCCAUCCACCCGGCUAUUGGGAUAUCGCCCUUCGAGUUCGAGCACCGCUCGCCGGUCACGUCACCGUUGGACACGAGUACUCCACGCACGGCCGAGAGUGACGACCAUCUUUUUUUCUUGCGUCGGAUGCAAGAGCUUCUUGUCAAGGCACGCGACCAGAUGGCUAAGACGCAACAGCGCAUGCGCCAACAAGCAAAUCGCCAGCGUCUUCCUUGUCCAUUCCGCGUCGGAGACCUUGUCAGGGUUUCAGCAGCGGAAUUCAGCCUUGAACAGGACAUCUCUCGCAAGCUCCUUCCGAAAUGGAUGGGGCCUUGGCCGAUGAUCGAGCCCGCUGGGGACGCACCUGAGGGGCCUUCCUUCACGAUUCAGGUGCCUAGCCACCUGCCCGUCUACCAAGUCUUUCAUUGUUCCAAAUUGGCUAUGUACACGCCUGCGGAACAUGAUGAUUUUCCCGGGAGACGUACGCAGGAUCCACCUUCUAUGGAUGGUUUUCAGGAGGUCGACGAAAUCAUCUCCCAGCGACGCUACGACAAUAAGCCAACUGAUUAUCUGGUGCAUUUUGCUUACUGCACUCAUCGAGCUGAUCGUUGGUUGACCCGUGCGGAACUGCAAGCAAUUGCUCCAGACGUUCUCGCAUGCUACGAACGCAAGAUGCAAGGCAAGCCGGAUUCUUCGGCUCCACGCCGCGCCUGCGUCCAGGUCGAAAGGGAAGAGGGGUAUAAUGUGGGUGGCAUGGGCUGCGGGACGGGCUUGGCGUGGAGUGGUAUCUUUCUUGGAGAGGAUGGAGGAGACGAUGGUGUUGUCAGUGCGGAUGGUGAAGUAUUGCCCGUCGAGGUACGGGUGCCAGACUGUGAGGGCGUGAAUCACGGCGAGGAGUUCCUUCUCGUUGGAGGGGUAAUUCAUCUCCGCGGGAAGGAGCUUCUUGCUUGCGAAGGCGAUGGGGUAUUCGCCAGGUGGAGCCUCGGGGUGGGUGGGCGAGUCCUUGAUGAAGGGGGUCUCGACGGUGUCGCAGGGGAAAUGUUGGGACAGUACGGCUCCGAUGGCGAAGUCGGAGGCGUCAGUGGUGACAUAGAAAUGGCGAGUGGGGUCCGCGAUCUUGAGGACAGGGGCCGUGGUGAUGGUUUGCUCGAGCAAGUCGAAAGCGUGUUGGCGGCGAUCGUUCCAAUGGAAAGGCUCGUCCUUGCGAGUGAGUUCGUGGAGAGGGUAAGAGAUCUCGAAAAAGUUGCGAAUAAACGGGCGGUAAUAGUUGGCAAGGCCAAGGAAGGAACGGAGUUGGAGGAGGGUCUUGGGUGGGGGGUACUCGACGAGGGUUGUGACCUUCGAGGGGUCCAUACGGAUGCCUUCAGCGGAGACAAUAUGGCCGAGGUAUUCGACGCUCGAAGCGGCAAACGUACAUUUGCUGAGCUUGGCGUAGAAUUUUUGCUCGUGGAGGAUCGAGAGAACUUGGCGGAGGUGCUGAAGGUGGGACUCGAAGGUGGGGCUGAAGRCAAGGAUGUCAUCAAGGUAGACGACGACACAGACUUCGAGGAGGUUGCGGAAGAUGUGGUUCAUGGUAGAUUGGAAGGUAGCGGGGGCAUUGGUGAGUCCGAACGGCAUCACGAGAAACUCGUAGUGCCCGAACCGAGAGCGGAAGGCGGUCUUGUGGGUGUCCUCCUCGCGGAUACGGAUCUUGUGGAAGCCACUGCGAAGGUCGAUCUUGGUAAAGUACUUAGCUCCACACGAUCAAGGAGCUCGGAAAUCCGAGUGGGACGAAGGAUGUCACCGAUGGGUAGGCCGACAGAUGCGAUGUUGAUGUCGGGUCACUGUCCUGGGGAUUGUGUUCAUGAUAAGCAGGGGCCCGCGCUUGCCGAGGGCGGUGAUGCGGAGAUUGCGGGUCGCGUGGAGGCGGACUGRCGGGUGAAUCGUGCGGCGUUGGGGCAGUUGGUUUGUUGGUGCCCCAAUCGGCGACAACGGAAGCAACCCCCUUUUGCUUGGAGGUUCAUCAGGGACCACUACUUGAAGUGGCACAGGCCAGAUUUUGGAGUAGAUGAGGAAGAUGAUAAUGAGGAGGAGGAUGACGAUGAGGUCGACAGUGAUGCCGAAGACAAGAGUGAUGCCGAAGACAACGAUGGUCGGUCCUCGUCGUCGUCGCAAGAUGGGGACUCGCGCAUGACCGAGAUGCACUGUCAAAUUUCUGACAGUCAGGGCAAGGGAAACGCGAAGGUGGUCCGUGAUCCCACUGGCAUAUUAAUCGAAGGAGGAAUGAAAUCUCCAGAACCCUACGCAGGACUGGCGGGCAGUUCUUUCAGCCCUAUGUCGUUCACGCCACCAUCAGGAAGGCGAAUGUCGUCGUCUUCCCAAAUGCAGAGUCUUCCUGCAUUCUUGCCUCCUGACCUCCAGUGACAAAAAACGAAGCGAUAGAGACUUUGCCCGUCUCAUCCUGUCUCCAGGUACAGAGCCUUGAUGUGUUCUUUCCUCUUGAACUGCGCCAGAAAGUCGUGCGCUGCGCUUAUUUUCACCAGGUCUUGCCUCAAGAAUGGUGGUGAAAAACUCCAGUCCUGUGAUAUGGGCAAAAUCACAUGUGGUGGUUUGUCCUCAGUAAUCGACUGCUUAGUCUCGACCCAAGUCGCAGCGAGUCCCAGAGGGGGACAUGAUGAUACCAGCUAAUACACCAUGUCAACCAUCUGACGGUAUUGCUUGCAGCUUGCAAUUCAGUUCGAACCAUGUGGCAGUCUUGCUUGCACACUGUUUGACACAGGGAAUGGUGAUUGUCUGGGUCUGUCUGGAUCUGUCUGGACCUGUCCGGAUUCUGGAUCGGUCUGGAUCUGUCCGGAUCAUCAUGUGCUGAGGCUGGUGGUGCCUCACCGAGCAAAGUCGCAGAAAGCCGGGACGGCCUCGUGAUAGCCAAUGACUUAACCAUUUGUGCACCCUGUUUAAUUGACAUAGGGAAAGGGGAUUUUUGCCUGUAUCAUUGUGUGCCUCGCCUGGAGGAGCUUUCCUGACGUACGCUAAAGCAAAGACACCGGCUUGAGCGGAGGGACCGCUGCACUGUUUGUUCACGAGGGGCAUCCAUCAAGGUUGAACGUGACGUCCUCAGUUUUUAUGCUGUUAACUGUUCAUUUCCUAGGGACAUUACUGAGGGACGGGGUGGUGGCAGUGUUGAAUGAACGGUACGGUCGGUCACUGAGGGACAUCGCGAAGCGGCAGCCACCAAACUCUCAUUGUGUGCCUGCACUGGGGAGCUUUCCUGACGUAUGUUGAGCGAAGACACCGGCUUCAGUAGAGGGACUGCAGUACUGUUUGUUCACGAGGAGCAUCAGGGUUGAGUGUGAGUCCCUUGCUUCAUCGAUACUGAAUACUAUUAAUUUCUAGGCACAUUACCGAGGGACUGAGGCGGCAAUGUUGAAUGAAGGGUACAGUCGCAUGGACUGAGGGACAUCGCCCAGCGGCAGCCACCAAGGUUGAACGUGACUUCUUCGUGCUGGUUGUUUGUCAACAGAAUCUCCACGGCAAAGGUCUGAAAUGGCAGGGUUGUUGGGUGUGGAAUCUGUAGAUUGAAGCUUGCAGGUCGGGUUGCAGCAAAAAAGGGUUCUGAAUCGAGCUAGAGCCAGUUCUGGUUUUCGUGGAUGGACAAUCUUGUUGCGUGGGUUGGUUUUUCGGUUUGUUGUUCAUAAUUGGGUAUCAAUGCCAGGGUUACCCACAGACGGCCCGACAAACUCUUCUGCAAAAGGAACGGCAAAAGGAUGUGCAUGAAUCGUCACCAUGCAGGAUGGCUUCUGAAGUGCACCGCACCCGUCAGAGCUGUGCAACAAUAGGGGAGGAAGAGCUCUUUGGUAUCCUGCCCGACCUGCUUGGUGAUGGUCAAGCGCUGUGGAGCACUGUGCGCACCUGAUUGACCUGGGGAAGAUGACGUGUAGGCAUAGAGAGAAAGAGGAAGAGAGAGAGAGGAAGAGACUCAGUGCCGUGAUCUAGGGGAACAUAGCAGCACCUUUGCUC